CGUCCCGUCGUCAUCGCAGCUUCCCCAGACGCUGCUUUGCCAUUAACCCCCCGGCCCGGCCGCCCCCCUCACCCCGCAUUCACCAACCCAUCCAGGAAAACGAAGAAAACAAGAAACUCCAAAGCUCUCUAGUCUUUGCCGUGAGCAAUCGGCAGAGGUACUAGAAUCCACCCGAUCUGUUAGGGGGGCGCUGUUGCAUCCACUCCUGCUGAGUUGCAGGCUAUAUGGCUGAGACAGGAGGCGCACGUUGUUUGCACGCAAGCCUUGAUGUGUUGGCUUCUGAUGUUCACUCCAGGCUGGAGUUCCACAAGAGUGCCUAUACGGACUACGCCGGCAUCAACAAUGCGCUUCACUGUGUCAUGGAGGAAAAAGCAAAUCUUGAGCUACAACAGAAUGCUGUCACUGAAAAGGACAAACUGAUCACUGAAAAGGACAAACUGAUUGCUGAACUGAAAACAAGGAAUGAAGAACAGGCAGCAGAGAUUGAAUCUCUAAAGGAAGAGCUGGAAGCAAGGGAGUCAAGCCAUGUACUACUAGCACUGCAGGGAAGUGGUCUUCAGAGUAGCCAGUCUGGAAGAAAUAAACGGACACGAGAAUCUGAUGGCAACGGUGAAGUUGCUGAUGAGCAUGGUGUUAUGGACAAUCCUGAUCAAGAUGAUCAAGGUUUAAGCACUGAGCUUGAGAAUGCUAAAAAGGAACUUUCUGAUAUCCACUCUAAGCUGAUCAAGGGAUUCAUGGAUAUUAGUGCUACUUCAACACGGAAUAUUGCAAUAAAGAAUAUAGGCGAAUUGAGCUACAAGCCGUUCCAACAGGCAUGCCUUAAGAAGCUGCCUCCAGAAGAAGCUUCGAAGAAAGCUUCUGAGUUUUACAACUUUUGGCAGAAGCAGCUGCUGAACCCAGAGUGGAAUCCCUCCAAAACUGUCAUGGAGAAAGGUAACCCUGAGGAAGGUAUCUCUAAGGAGAUUGAUGUCCAUGAUGCCGAUCUGCUAAAGCUACGUGCUGAAUGGGGUGAAGACGUGUACAAGGCUGUGGCGAAUUGUUUGGUGGAAAUGGAAAAAUGUGGCAGGCUGACGGACAGAACCAUCAUACCCGUGAUUUGGCAUCAAAAGGCGGACAGGACAGCCACUCGCAGUGAAAGUGUUGAGUACAUGUGCAGCCAAGUGAGGCGUCUGAGAACUCGCAGGAACUGACUUUGCAGGCGCAAGGCAGGUUGGUGGAAGAACAUGGAGGUCUGUCGUAUCAACUCCAUUUUGGAAACAGGGGCAGUAGAAGUAGCAAACCUAUGGUGAAGAACUGAAGACUGGAGAGUCUGAUUUUGUCGAAGAACGAAACCGCAGCUGAUCGUAUGGCAGAACAUUGUCAUGAUCGGUGUGUUAUGUGAUCGUUUAGUACUACCUAACUACCUGGAACCUUAAAAUAGAUUAACGCAAGCAGCCCUUUUGCCCAUCGUAUUUUAGCUGUCCUCUUAGUUUCAGUGUUCUUCUGGACUCUCCGGCAGCAAUUCAGCGGCACCUACAUUACUUUGAACUGUAAAGCUUGCUGAUGAGGGGAACUUUUGCAUCGUUGCACUGUCGUGCUGCACUGCAAACGUAAUAUAUUAAACUAGCCUUUUAAA